AUGCGGGGCUGCGGGGGGCCGUGGGUUUGGCUGCUGGUGCUGUCGCUGGCCUGGCUGGAGCCGGCGGUGGGGGGCGAGGGGGAGGAUGGGGAAGAGGUGGCGGAGGAGGGGGAGGAUGAAGGUGAAGUGCUCUCAGAUGAGCUGGAGGAGGAGGAUGGUGUCCUGGUGCUCCAUGAGUACAACUUUGGCCGUGCCCUGAGCGAGCACCGGCUGCUGCUGGUGGAGUUCUACGCGCCGUGGUGUCACCACUGCCAGCGUCUGGCCCCCGCCUUCGCCCAGGCUGCCACCGCGCUGAGGAACGAGUCCAGCCCGGCGUGGCUGGGCAAAGUGGAUGCCACGGCGCGGACAGCCCUGGCCAACGAAUUCGGCAUCACCUCCUACCCCACGCUCAAGCUCUUCCGUGAUGGCAACCGCACCCACCCCAUCGCCUACACGGGACGCCUGGACACGGAGGGGAUUGUGCGCUGGCUGCGGCGUCGGGCCGGCCCCAGUGCCACGCUGCUGCAGGACACCGACACCGCCGACGCCUUUGUCAGCUCCCAGGACUUGGUGGUCAUCGGCUUCUUCAAGGACCUGGGAGGUGAAGCAGCCCAGGUGUUCUACGAGGUGGCCAGCGAGGUGGUGGAUGUGCCGUUCGGUGUGGCUGAGGCAGCCGAGCUCUUCCAGGCGUAUGGGCUAUCGGCCGACACCGUUGUCCUCUUCAAGAAGUUCGAUGAGGGACGGACAGAUUUCCCCGUGGACCCGGCGCAGGGGCUCGAUGCGGCUGAGCUCACCCGGCUGCUCCGCAUCCACAGCCUGGAGCUGGUGAUUGAGUUCACCAACGAGACCUUUGACCAGAUCUUUGGUGCCAAGAUCCCCCACCACAUGCUGCUCUUCCUCAACAAGUCAUCAUCGGCACAGCUGGCACUGCAGGACGGCUUCCGCACAGCUGCUGAUCCCUUCCGGGGCAAGGUGCUCUUUGUGGUGGUGGAUGUGGUUGGUUUCGGUGCUGCCGUCCUGUCCUUCUUCGGCAUGACCCCCGCUGAUGCCCCCACACUGCGCCUGGUCAAGAUGGAGAACAACCGCAAGUACCAGAUGGACCAGGAUGACUUCUCGGACACGGCCAUACGAACCUUUGUUCAGGCAGUGCUGGAUGGCAAGGUGAAGCCUCGCCUGCUGAGUGCGGAGCCCCCUGAGGACUGGGACACGCGGCCUGUUAAAGUCCUGGUGGGAAAGACCUUCGAGCAGGUGGCAUUCGACGAGACCAAGAAUGUCUUUGUCAAGUUCUACGCGCCGUGGUGCACCCACUGCCGGGCGAUGGCAGCCGCCUGGGAGGAGCUGGGCGAGCGCUAUAAGGACCACGAGGACAUCAUCAUCGCUGAGUUGGAUGCCACAGCCAACGAGAUAGAGAACAUCACCAUCCGCGGCUUCCCCACCUUGCACUACUUCCCCGCGGGGCCGGGCAGAAAGAUGGUUGAGUACAAGAGCCCCCGAGAUGUGGAGACCUUCUCCAAAUUCCUGGAAAACGGGGGGACGCUGCCCGAGGAGCCACCUGUGGUGCCCGACACCCCUGAGAACAGCACGGGCAAGGAGGAGCCAAGCUCGCCUGGGAUGGUGGAAUCCCGGGAUGAGCUGUGAGCCCCUUCCUGAUCAGGUGUGGGCUAUAAACCAC